AUGGUGGAUCAGAAGAAGACAACAACAUUACCGGUCUUCUUCUUCUUCUUCCUCUUGUUGUUAGAGUCAACGUUUGAGCAACAGACAAGUUCCUCGGCUGAGAAAUCGGCGCUUUUGGCACUUCGGUCUUCUCUAGGGCUAAGAGGCAAGGAUUGGCCUGUAAAAGGCGAUCCUUGCCUGAAUUGGAACGGCGUAAAAUGUGAUAACGGCACUGUAACUGAGAUCAACAUUUCAGGGUUCAGAAGAACAAGGAUUGGGAAUCAAAACCCGGAAUUCUCAGUCGGUUCGCUCGUCAAUCUCACCCGGUUAACGUCCUUCAACGCCUCAAGCUUCUCUCUUCCAGGUCCAAUCCCGGUUUUGUUCGGAUCGAGUCUGUUGACUUUGGAGGUGUUGGACCUCAGUUCUUGUUCAAUCACCGGAACAGUUCCCACAAGUCUGUCUCGGUUAUCACGCCUCACGGUUCUUGAUCUCUCCUCAAACUCGUUAACCGGUUCGAUUCCCGCUAGUCUCGGUGCACUCUCAAAGCUCCAACGUCUGAAUCUUUCGCGUAACGCCUUGUCCUCUUCAACACCUCUCUCACUCGGAGACCUCUCUGCUUUAACCGACCUUGAUCUCAGCUUCAACGACCUCUCCGGUUCGGUUCCAUCACAACUGAAAGAGCUAAGAGACUUGCAGACACUUGUAAUCGCCGGAAACCGCCUCUCAGGAUCACUACCUCCUGAUCUGUUUAGCUCUCUGAGUAAACUACGGAUCGUUGACUUCCGAGACAGUGGUCUCACCGGAGUUUUACCUUUCAGGCUAUUGUCGUUACCAGACCUGACGAUGCUAGAUCUUUCCGGAAAUCAAUUCUCCGACGAGCUGCCUAAUGCCACUGACAGUUUUGACUCUACAGUCUCGUUCCUAAACAUAUCCGGAAACAUGUUUUACGGCAAUCUCACACUUUUACUGAAAAGGUUUAAAGUUGUUGAUCUGUCAAGUAACUACUUCCAAGGUAAAGUUCCAGACUUUAUACCCAUCAGUGCUUCUUCUUCCUUGAGCAACAACUGUCUUCAGGGACCAGUGGAACAGAGGAAACUGUCGGAUUGCUCUUUGUUUUACUCCGAAAAGGGACUAACUUUCGACAAUUACGGACAACAGAACAAGACUCGUAAAUCUCCCUGGUUAAGCCACAGGGCUAUAGUAAUAAUCGCUGCGGUUGGAGGGUCUAUUCUGGUCAUGCUCAUUCUCAUAUUGUUACCAAUCACAGUGAGUUUAUGUGUCCGUCGACGAAGAAACAGAUCAUCAACUAGUGGGAGACACAACGGUGUUGGUCCAUUGCCUCCAGACGAAGCAGCACUUCCUUCUACUAUCAACUUUGCAAGCCUUGGAUCCUCUUUCACCUAUCAACAGCUGCUCAAUGCCACAAAGGAGUUCCGUGAUUCGAACCUGAUCAAGAAAGGACAAUCAGGGGAUGUUUUCAAGGGGGUUUUAGAGAGCGGAGUCCAGAUUGUUGUGAAAAGAAUCAGCUUGGAAUCGACAAAGAACAGCGAAGCGUAUCUAACCGAGUUGGAUUUCUUCAGCCGGUUUGCUCAUCCGAGAAUAGUCCCGUUUUUAGGGAAAUGCUUGGAGGGGACAACUCUUAAGUUCUUGGUGUAUAAGUACAUGCCAAACAGGGAUUUACCAAGCUCACUCUUCUAUAAAUCAAACUCCAUUGUUGACGAUGGAUUGAAGUCUCUCGAUUGGAUCACCAGAUUGAAAAUCGCGUUGGGAGCGGCAGAGGGACUUUCUUAUCUGCAUCACGACUGCUCACCAUCUAUCGUCCACAGAGAUGUCCAGGCAAGCAGCAUUCUCCUGGAUGACAAGUUUGAAGUGAGGCUUGGAAGCUUUAUCAAAGCUUGUCAUCAAGAAAACAAUGGCCGUCCUCGGAAAAUCGCCCGACUGCUCAGCAGAUUAUCCCAGUCUUCUCAAGAAAUUGUUCCGGGCUCUCCAGCAACAGCGACAUGUGCAUACGAUGUGUUCUGUUUCGGGAAGGUACUGUUGGAGCUAAUCACAGGGAAACUCGGACUCAGCUCAUGCGAAGAACCCCAAUUCAAAAAAAUGUUGACCGAGAUUUUGCCACAUAUUUCAUCACAAGAGAAAGAGCCAGUGAUCAACAUUCUAGACCAGUCUCUUCUCGUCGACGAAGACCUUUUAGAAGAAGUUUGGGCAAUGGCAAUCGUCGCUAGAUCUUGCCUUAACCCAAAACCAGCGAAACGACCACUUAUGAGACACAUAGUGCAAGCUUUGGAGAAUCCUCUGAGAGUCGUCAGAGAAGACAGCAGCGAGUCUGAGAGAUUCCGUACGACGGGAUCUUCGAGAGGAUCGUCGAGUAGUGGACGAGUGUUCGGGAGCUGGAGACAAAGCGUGUCUGAUCCAGUUGCGGCGGGAACGAGUAGCCUUCUGUCUCAAGCGGAGGGUUUAGGGAGAACCAGUGGUGCGAUGGGAUCGUCGGCGAGGGAAAGUAGCCGUGGCGCAUCAAGCCGACGAAGUAUGAAAGAUGUAUAG